GAGAGAAGAAGAAGAAGAAGAAGAGAAUGACAGAGACUCGUGGUAUGAGUGUGAUGAACACUGGAAUCAGAGCACUAGUGGAAGCCAUUCACUCUACUCCCACCCAGUCCGUUCUCUAUCUCUCCGGCGGUGCCUCUCAGGCGGUGGCGUGGCUGCUCUCCGUUCCCGGAGCCUCAAGCACUGUCCUCGAAACUGUAGUGCCUUAUUCCCGGAUGUCGAUGAUCCAAUUACUCGGCAAAAUUCCGGACAAGAUUUGUAGCCGGCACACGGCUGAAGAAAUGGCUCUGUUGGCUUACAAUCGAGCUCUCAAGCUCUCCUCACCAGGUUCCCCAGUUCUUGGUGUGGGUUUCAUUGGUUCUCUGGCUACCUCGCGUCCAAAACUCGGGGACCACAGGUUUUAUUUGUCAACUAGGACAUCUGACAGACUUUCUAUAUCAACAGUCACCCUAUCCAAGGGUUUACGAAAUCGAGAGGAAGAAGAUAUGGUUGCAAGUCAUCUUGUACUCAAGGCAAUUGCAAAUGCGUGCAAAGUUCCCGGAACAUUUGUUUCAGAUCUCACUGAAUCUGAAGUGCCUGAAGAAUGUGAAAAGCAGUUCAGUGAAGAUGAAGAAUUACAGCAACUUAUAAAUGGGCAAAUAUGCUUCAAGGUUUAUCCCUUUUCCAGUGAGCAUUCUGUGCCAAUUCCAGAAAGAAAGAUAAUACUGUCUGGUUCUUUUAAUCCAUUACAUGAAGGCCACCUCAAACUAUUAGAGAUUGCUACCAGCAUCUGUGGCAAUGGCUACCCAUGCUUUGAACUGUCUGCAAUCAAUGCUGACAAACCUCCACUUUUGAUAUCGCAAAUUAAAGAUCGUGUCAAGCAGUUUGAAAAAGCUGGAAAAACGGUAAUCAUAUCCAAUCAGCCAUAUUUUUAUAAGAAAGCUGAACUUUUCCCAGGCAGUACGUUUGUGAUUGGUGCUGACACAGCAGCAAGACUGAUUAAUCCCAAAUACUAUGACGGGGACUACAAAAAAAUGCUAGAUAUACUUCUCAGAUGCAAGGUAACGGGGUCCACUUUUCUUGUGGGUGGUCGCAAUGUAGAUGGUGUUUUCAAGGUACUGGAUGAUUUUGAAAUUCCAGAAGAGCUAAAAGAUAUGUUCAUUUCAAUACCACCAGAGAAGUUCCGGAUGGAUAUAUCCUCCACCGAGAUCAGGAAGAAACUUGGAAAGUAAAUACAAUUUGAAUAUUCUCCUGCCUACAGUAUUUGAUUGUGAAAAGUAUUUCUGACUUAUAUGAUAUGUAGCAUGCGUGAAUAAGAACGCGAUUAAAGAGUAUCCAUGUGCUUAUGCUCUUAUCUUAUACCAAAGAGGUAUUUCCUUGUUGUGCUUGAGAUAAGAUAUAUGAUGUAACUAAAGUGCAAGUCAGAUUUGCAUCUUGAACUUGAAUAAUCAUUUACUGUAAUCUGUAGUUUGCUUUUUGGUUGUGGUCCCUUGAACUUUGAAUUGCAAGUUGUCUGUAUUCUCAUUGGUUGGCAUUUCUAUGGGGAAAGGCAUCUGAUAGUUGAUGUA